GUCUGGUGGAACUAUCUGCCCUCCUUCGUGCUGUUUUUUCUUGUUUACUAGUCGGUAUUAACAGGAAACUCGGUCAAGAUGGUCAAGCUCGGAAAGCACUCCAAGCGGACUCCCGUCCGCCUACGACACAAGAUCGAAAAAGCCUCUGCGGCCAAGCAGCGCAAGCAGAGAAAGCUUGCCAAGAAGAACUGGAUAGCUGACUCCGUACAGAACCCCGAAUGGCGCUCCAAGAUCAAGAAGGACCCCGGUAUCCCGAACCUUUUCCCCCACAAGGACAAGAUUCUCCACGAGAUUGAAGAGAAGAAGCGCCUGAAGCAGGAGGAGCAACAGCGCAUCCGCGACGAAGCCCGUGCCCGCCGCACUGCUCAGAAGGAAGGGGCCGGCGAGGAUGCCGUCCAGGCCAGUGACAUGAUUGACGAUGACGACGAGCUGCUCGACGAUGAGAUGGAUGAGGAUAUCGGUGACUCGUCGGACCCCAUGGCCGCGCUUCUCGCUUCCGCCCGUGCGCGCGCGGCGGAGUACGAGGACGAGGACGAGGAGGAUGACGAUGACGAUGAGAUGGAGGAGGACGAUGACGAAGACAUGGAUGAGAUGGACGAGGACGAGGACGAGGGCAAGCCCCUGGACGUUUCGGCCCCUGCGUUGGUCUCGCGGACGGCAUCAAAGGAGAGCUCGCGGCGCGCAUUCGACAAGGUCUUCAAGCAGGUGGUCGACAACGCGGAUGUGGUUCUGUACGUGCUUGACGCUCGUGACCCGGAGGGCACCCGGUCCAAGGAGGUGGAGCGCGAAAUCAUGACGGCCGACGGCGGCCAGAAGAGAUUGAUCCUGAUCCUCAACAAGAUCGACCUUGUGCCCCCGCCGGUGCUCAAGGGCUGGCUGCUGCACCUGCGCCGGUCCUUCCCCACGCUGCCCUUGAAGGCCUCCAACGGCACGGCCAACGCACACAGCUUCGACCACAAGCAGCUGACCGUCAAGGGCACGUCGGAGACGCUCUUCCGCGCGCUGAAGUCCUAUGCGCACAACAAGCAGAUGAAGCGGUCCAUCAAGGUCGGCGUCAUCGGUUACCCCAACGUCGGCAAGUCCUCCGUCAUCAACGCCCUGACGGCCCGCCUGAACAAGGGCGUCAGCAAUGCCUGCCCCACGGGCGCGGAGGCCGGUGUGACCACCAGUCUGCGGGAGGUGAAGCUGGACAACAAGCUCAAGCUGAUCGACUCGCCCGGUAUCGUUUUCCCCAGCGCGGGAGACAAGGGCGGCAAGAAGAAGAAGAAGCAGGAGGAGCACGCUCGUCUGGUCCUUCUUAACGCCAUUCCCCCCAAGCAGAUCGAAGACCCCGUUCCGGCCGUAUCUCUGCUCGUCAAGCGCCUGUCCACCUCGGAGGACCUGGUCACGAAGAUGCUGCAGCUCUACAACAUCCCGGCCCUGCUCCCGUCCGGAGGCGACCCGACCCAAGACUUCCUGGUGCACGUGGCCCGCAAACGCGGUCGUCUGGGCAAGGGUGGUGUGCCCAACAUCGAGGCGGCGGCGAUGACGGUGAUCAACGACUGGAGGGACGGACGGAUCCAAGGAUGGGUCAACGCGCCCGUGCUGCCGGUUGUGACGACGACCGAGGGAGCGCCUGCGGCGAACGCGACGUCCGGGGUGGACACGAAGCAGAUUGUGACGGAGUGGGCGAAGGAGUUCUCAAUCGAGGGGCUCUGGGGCAACGGGGACGAGGAGAUGGCCGAAUAG